UAUAUAAAAAGAUCACGCUUUAAUUUAGUUUAUUUAGGGUCUAGCCUCCAAUAUUAGAUGUGGUCUUAGCAAUAUUGUCAGAUAGGAGAGACUUCUACUUUUCCUUUCUUAAGUUUUGUGUGGAAUUUAACAACUUAAGAUUGUUUGUUAAGGAGUAAAAUCAAGAAUGGACAAUAACGAAGACAAGCCACCUACCCAUCCUCCCAAACCAAGGGAGCUGAAAAGGGGGACAUCCAUGUAUAUGGAUAUUCGAAUGCCAACCAGACCAGAAAGACCCCAUGCUAUCGAAAAUGGAGCUAUAAACGAGGAAGGGGGAGAUAAGGAAGCUGACGACAACAUGUGUGAUCCAACUGACAGAGUUCAGGAUCUCCUCAAUAAAGUCAAUGACCCUAAACACAAAACGAAAAAGGUAUUUGUGGAAAUGGACAUUUUGAAGAAAAGGAAUGAGGAUUAUGAAUGGAGAGAGAUAGCCAGAUGGGUGAAAUACGAAGAAAAUGUAGAAGAAGGAGGUAAAAGAUGGUCGAAGCCUCACGUGGCAUCCUUAUCUAUGCACAGUAUAGUCGAACUCCGUCGUUUUAUCAGAGACAGCGCUAUGUUACUAGACGAAGAAUGUUAUACAAUUAGCCAAGUUAUUGAUAAAUUUCUUGAUGAAUGGAUUAGUGCAGGUAAUCUGGAUCCUAUAAUACGCCAACAUGUUCGUAACGUUUGUUUAAAGAACCAUAGACACAGACAUGAACGAGGAAGGCCUGGCGAUAAGAAGGGUAGACUCAGUAGACAGAACACGGAGACUGAAUUAACUCGAGGUUUUUCUUCUUCUAAUUUCAAUGAUUUGCCAUCCGUUAAUAGUUCAGCCAAUUUAAAUAACGUUCAUGGUAGUUCCGUCAGUCUUUCAAGUAUGGAGAAUGAGUCUAAUAAAAAGCAUAACGAUCGCUUCCUGAAGAAAAUCCCUCGUGGUGCUGAAGUCGCCAACGUUUUAAUUGGUGAAAUUGACGACUUAGAGCAAAGAGUUUGUGGAUUCCUCAGAUUGAAUGAUGCCCGAAUCCUUGGUGAUAUUUGUGAAGUACCACUGCCUUCUCGUUUUAUUUUCAUUCUACUUGGACCAAUUGGGCAAGCCGAUCAUUUACAGGAAAUUGGAAGAUGCAUUGGAACGAUGCUUGUUGAUGAUAUUUUCCGAGAAGUGGCCUAUAAAUGUCGGGAUAAAGAAGAUUUCUAUGCUGGUAUUGAUGAGUUCAUUGAACAAGUUACCGUGCUUCCACCAGGCGAAUGGGAUCCUAAAAUCAGGAUUGAACCUCCCAAUGCAGUGCCAUCUCAGGAUUUCCGUCGAACUGCCUCCUCUGCAAAUUUUGCAGAUAAAAAUGUUAGCUCUGUUCCUAGACCCCCACCGGAACCAGAAGAUGAAGGUCACGCAGAUCCCUCCCUUGUCAUUUCUGGCAGACCAUUUAAAGGUUUAAUAGAUGACAUCAAGAGGAAGGCUCCGUGGUACUUAAGCGAUUAUAAAGAUGCUCUUCACAUCCAGUGUCUAGCUUCUUUUGUCUAUAUCUUCUUAGCUACUUUAACUCCUAAUGUUACAUUUGGUGGCAUCCUGGGUAUACAAACUGAUCAAUAUAUGGGUGUAAUGGAGUGUAUUUUUGCUGCGGCUGUAACUGGUAUAGUGUUUGCCGUCUUUUCUGGUCAACCUAUGAAUAUUUUGGGUAGUACGGGCCCUAUGCUGGUACUGGAAAAGAUUAUUUAUAAUUUCUGUGUGGACAACGACUGGGAAUUCAUGACUUUCCGUUGCUGGGUUGGCAUUUGGACGGCAGGAUUCUUGUUGCUGAUCGUUAUGUUUGAUCUGAGUGCUUUGGUCAAAUACAUCACUCGUUUCACCGAGGAGAGUUUUGCUUGUCUGAUUGCCUUAAUUUUCAUCUACGAAGCUUUCUUGAAACUAAUAGAAAUCUCACAUGAUGGCGCACCCCUCCGUCUACACCCAAAUGAACCAUUAACACCAAGCUGUUUGUGUAAUGGAAGCACAAGUGGAACCAAUUUGCUGCCUAUGAUCAACGAUACAAUGUUAAAUGGUACCAUAUCCAUGUUAAAUAAUACCAAUAUCACCACUACCAUGAUGCCACUCACCACCACCACAGUAUCCAUCUACCCAUCUUUGAAUGAAACCAGCUGUGAAUUGUACAAUGGUACUUGGGAUUGUGUUGUGCCCCAGUAUGUUCCCGAUGCCUUUAUGUUCUCUGUUCUCUUGUAUUUUGGUACCUUCGGUAUUGCCAUCUUCUUAAUCGACUUCAAAUCAUGGCCUUGCUUCCCAUCCUGGACACGACAAUUGUUGAGUGAUUUUGGUGUAUUGAUUGCUAUUGUUGUCAUGGUUGGUAUCGAUGUUGCCCUUGGUCUUCCAACACCAAAAUUACUUGUUCCAGAAGAGUUCAAGCCUACUCGUUCAGAUAGAGGUUGGUUUAUUAACCCAGUCAGUGAAAAGAAUCCUUGGUGGACUGCCCUCGCUGCUGGUGUACCUGCCAUUCUAGCUACCAUCCUUAUCUUCAUGGAUCAACAGAUCACAGCCGUUAUUGUCAACAGAAAGGAAAAUAAACUGAAGAAAGGAAAAGGUUAUCAUUUAGAUUUAAUGGUCCUGACCCUCUUGAUUGUUGCACAUUCUCUCCUCGGUCUUCCAUGGUAUGUAGCCGCUACCGUAUCUGCCAUUGCUCACGUACAGAGUUUGAAGAAAGAAUCUGAGAGCACCGCCCCUGGCGAAAAACCAACUUUCCUCGGUGUUAGAGAACAACGAGUAACUGCCUUAUUAGUUGGUAUUUUGUCUGGAGCUGCUGUUUUCAUCACAAAUAUCUUAAAGAUUAUUCCUAUGCCUGUAUUGUAUGGUGUGUUUUUCUAUAUGGGUUUCUCAGCUUUGAGAGGCAUGCAGUUUAUUGACAGACUUAUGCUUUUCUUGAUGCCAGUCAAAUAUCAACCCGACCACCGAUAUCUACGUCAUGUUCCAUUAUGGAGAGUUCAUAUUUUCACCCUUAUUCAGUUGGUUUGCCUCAUUGCUCUCUGGGUUGUAAAAUCAAUCAAAUCCAUUUCCAUUGGUUUCCCUUUGUUGGUUGUGUUUACUGGUGUUGUGAGAAAACUUCUGGAAUGUUUCUUCACCCAAUAUGAGUUAAAAUACUUAGAUGAUAUUCUUCCGCAGAAGAAAAAGAAUAUAAAGAAUGAUGAUAAGGAAGCCAUCUUGAAAAAUGAUACCAGUCCAGGAUUUAAAAAUAUCAACAGUAACGGAAAAGGUUCGAUAAUAGGAACAAGUGAGAAAAAACCCAACUUCUAUCUUUCUGACGAAAAGGAUGUAAUAAACAGAAAAUCAAAUGGCUUUGAUAACAAAGGAUUCGAUACAAAAUUGUGAUAAGCUUAUUCUACUGCAAAUAUAUUUAAUUUUUAAAAAAAAGACAAUCAACGUUCAUUCGUACCCAGGCAUAAAUUUGUAAAGUAAUUUAAUGCGAUUGCAAACUGCACAAUAUAUACAACAAAUUUGUAAAUAGAUGAUAAAUAAUUGUAUAUGGAAGAAUUUAAAAUGGGGGUUACUUAAGUAUGUAUAUAAAAUGAUAUAUUAUAACAUAUAAUUUACUAACCAUGGUUUUUGUAAGUUGGUGGGUAACUGGGGGUUUGGGUGCUGUUCGUUGCAUCGAUAUUAGUGGGUGAUUGUUCGCGGUUAGAGCGACUGUUCUCUGAACUUUUAUUGUUACAAAACAUCGAAUAUAAGUUACAUAUCACUUUUUAGUAACUUUGAAUCAUUACAUGCAUAUAUGUAGUACUACAAAUGUCUAUUUCAUUUUCUUUUCUUUACAUAAUAACUUACACAAUAAAUCUAUAUUUUUUUUAUUAUUAUUAUUAUUUUCAUGUAUUGAUAAAAAAAAGAUGAUAUUUUUUAGUGUAAAUACAAAAUAUUUUUAUCGGAAAUUUAUGAGAAAUUGCCCCAAUUCAUAAACCUAUCGAAAAUUACAAGAAAAAAAUCUUUUAUAGUCACAUCAUGUCAAUGCGUCAAAUUGUUUAUAUACCUCCCUUCUCACCAUCUGAAGUCACAGUCCCCUACACUGUAAAAAAUAUCAAUUUUUUAUGUGGCCGAAUUCCGUAAUUUAACACCUUUUUUCUGUUAAUCGAUGGAUUUUUUGGAGAAAUGGUGUUAAUUGUCUGAAUUAUUUAUUCAAAUUACGUGUUUUAUGUAUUUCUGUGGAAUAUUCAGUAUUAAACAGGAAAUUUCCGUGAAAUUUAGGGAUAAAAUGUUUUAUUCCCUUCUAUAACGGACUUAAUUCUGUUAUUUUACGGAAUAAACGGUGGAAUGACAAGGAAGUUCCGUGAAAUUUAGGGAUAAAAUGUUUUAUUCCGUUCUGUAAUGGACUUAAUUCUGUUGUUUUACGGGAUAAACGGUGCAACGAUAAGUAAUCAUAUACAUAUAUAAUCAUUCCUAAUAAUCAUCAUGUUAUAGUAUUCAUUUCAAUUUAUUAACCAUAAUAUGAAGAAUCAUAUUUUGUAAAGUUUGGUAUAUUAAUUGACAUGUAUAUCUAAUUUCCAUUAUUUAUAAGAUCUAUAAAGUGUAUUGUUAUUCAUCAUACGGUAAUCAGAUUGUAAGUAUUUUCAUAAAUAUGUAAAAGUAUGUUUUAAUGCUGCGGAAGUUAAAGUUGUAAUAUCUGGUAAUCAAGCACGCUAAAGUCCGGAUAGUACAACCGGUUGGCCAGUGUAAGUCGGUUUGUCUCUAUGGCAGAGUCUGCAUACCUGCGAAUUGAUAAUACCGCAAACUUACAUCUGAAAACCUCCAACCACUGACGAGUAGCGGUUUGUGAUACCUUGCUCUCGAUUCUUAUAAUAGCGAAAAGAGGUUACGUUUAAAAAUUAUUUGCGAUAUCACUUCGGUGGAAGCGGACGUUAAAUAAAGCUAUUUCACGCAAGCGUAUAAAGUCAAUGGUUAAUUCAAUGAAAUUUUGAUCACCUUCAUGGUCAGGAAACAAAAUUUACCAGGAUUUUUUUUUUCUGUAUUUGAAAAUGGAAUUUAUGUUAAUUGAAGGAAUUUCUGUAAAUCACAGGAAAAACAAAUACGGAUAAAAUUUUCCUGGUAAUUUUUGUUUCCGGAAAUUUUUACGUUUUUUCACGGAAAUUUUUGUUACAGUGUAGGUAUGACGCCAAAAUAUAUGACGUCAGAUUGGGUCAUGUGAUCGAGGAUGCGCAAGUGGUACCAAAUCGAGGUGGGUUGAUCACCUCGGUAAAACACGCCUAGUCUAAUACGCACAGUUAUGAUACUUCAACAAUUUAAAUAGUCAAGUGCUGACUGGCAAAUGUGAUCGCCGUGUAAAAAUAGUCAUUUACUUGUAUUUAUCCGUAUAAUCAAAUUAAUAAUAUUAAUUGGUGUAAAUUUCAAUAAGAUUGGUUUUCGAUGCAUAAAUGGUACUGGUUUAAAAUUGCUGUCAAAUGCCAUUUCAAAAACCAUGUAUGUGUCGUCCACAUCUUUGACAAUUGAAACUGUGUAAUAUGUAUAUAUAUUUGAUUAUUUUUAUGAAGUUUCAAUAAAGAAUUAAAAAUAAA